UAAUUAACAACAGGCAAUGAAAUGAAGGUUAAUUGCGUUUCCUUGUCCCUAGGGUUCUUCCAAUAUUUUGUUUACUCUAAGUAUUACCAACUGGUUUACACUAUUUCUUUUCUAUGGAUCGAUCAAAUAGAAUCCAACAAUUUCGGUGCCUUACAUAAUAAUACUUUAACCAAGUUUAGAAAAUACUUUAACCAUUGUUCAUGUGCCUGCAAGAAAAAUUUAGAGCCUUCAAGGUGGAUAAAUGAAAGCCUGAGAGAGAUCAUGGAGGAUGUAGUGAGUCAUCCGGGUCGGGUCAACUACAAAUAGGAUAUGUUGGUAAAUGUCAGCAGGUGUCCCACUGAAAAGAGGCUGUAGUAGCAUUGACCUUGAAGUGAAAUUGGGGUAGUGAUUUGGAGAUUCAGCUGCUUUAGGUCACUGGAAAGUCUGAUCUUAGAUCAAACACAUAUGCAUUUCCAUGCAGGGGGAGAAAGAGAGAUAGAGAGAGGCUUGAAGGAGGGAGGACAUACCUUUGGUUCUAGUUGCAGUACUUUUAUCCUGUGAUAGUAUGGAUGUUGCUGAUAUGGUUGCAUAAUAUGUUAAUCAUUUCUGCAUGUCCCACUUGCACUAGUUUGAUCCUAGAGUUUAAAGGCUCCUGAUGAAUGAGUAGAAUCUUCUGAUAGGAGUGGUUGGUCACAUCAAAUUCAGCCAAAUAGCUUUUGAUGGGGAUAGAGUUGGUUAGUCGUUGCGUCAAAGGAAAAACUGUAGAUAUGUCUACCAUUCCCCCUGGAUUUGAGUCACUUGCAUCCUUUCCCCUGGAAAAGACCCAAGACAAUGAAAACAGAAGAAUCUCCUCUGCAUCUUCAAGUGAAUUGCAAUGUCAAAGAGCUAAGGUGGAAACAGACUUCAAGUUUGUGGAGGAUGAAAAGUUGAGGUCUAUGAGGCGUCGAUUUUUUAUACACAAUGGCCGAGUUGAGAAUAGUUCCGGAGAUGAAUCUGACCUUGACCAGAAAGUCUCCGUAAGGCCCCAGCUCCCUAAAGGGGUUAUCCGUGGAUGCGAAGCAUGUAUGAAUUGCCAAAAGGUAAUUGCACAAUGCCGUCCAGAAGAAGCUCGCAGGCCUGAUCUUCAGGAAGCUCCAGUGUUCUACCCUACUGAAGAGGAAUUUCAAGAUACUCUAAAAUAUAUUGCGAGUAUACGUCCCAAAGCUCAAGCACAUGGCAUUUGCCGCAUAGUACCUCCUGCUUCAUGGAAACCUCCGUGCCCCCUCAAGGAGAAGAAUAUAUGGGAAAAAUCCAAAUUUAAUACUCGAAUACAAAGGAUAGACAAACUGCAGAAUCGGGAUUCAAUAAGUAAAAUUUUUAAGAUUAGUCAUCAAAAGAAGAAGAAAAGGAGAAGAUGCGCCAAGGCUGCAGCAGAUCAAAACAGUGGUAGUGGUGAUAUCAAGGUUCCCAGUGGUGACGCUGCAACUUUGUACUCUGAGUGGUUUGGAUUUGAACCUGGUCCAGAGUUCACUCUUGAUUUAUUUCAGAAGUAUGCUGAUGAUUUUAAGGCCCAGUACUUCAGAAAACACGAAGGGCUUUGUGAGCCCUCAGUGGAGAAUAUUGAAGGUGAAUAUUGGCGGAUGGUUGAGAAACCUACUGAAGAAGUUGAGGUACUUUAUGGAGCUGACUUGGAAACAGGAGCAUUUGGUAGUGGAUUUCCUAAAAGCUCUCAUCAAGUGGGUUCUACUUUGGACAUGAAAUACGUAAGCUCCGGGUGGAACUUAAAUAACUUUCCAAGACUUCCAGGUUCACUGCUUUCGUAUGAGAGCAGUGAUAUAUCAGGUGUUCUGGUACCUUGGCUGUAUUUAGGAAUGUGCUUUUCUUCUUUCUGCUGGCAUGUCGAAGAUCACCAUCUAUACUCGCUGAAUUACAUGCAUUGGGGAGCUCCAAAAAUGUGGUACGGUAUUCCUGGGGCAGAUGCCUUGAAGUUGGAAGCUGCUAUGAGGAAACACUUGCCUGAUCUCUUUGAUGAGCAGCCUGACUUGCUUCAUAAGCUGGUCACACAACUUUCGCCUUCCAUACUGAAGUCUGAGGGAGUGCCCGUUUACCGAUGUGUUCAAAACUCGGGGGAGUUUGUUCUGACCUUCCCCAGAGCAUAUCAUGCAGGCUUCAACUGUGGCUUCAAUUGUGCUGAAGCAGUAAAUGUAGCCCCAGUUGACUGGUUACCCCAUGGACAAAAUGCUAUUGAGCUCUAUUCUGGUCAAAACCGAAAAACAUCCAUUUCUCAUGAUAAACUAUUACUUGGGGCUGCACGUGAUGCAGUAAAAGCACAUUGGGAACUUAGUUUACUGAAGAAGAAUACUUCAGAUAAUUUAAGAUGGAGAGAUGUUUGUGGGAAAGAUGGGAUUUUGUCAAAGUCAUUGAAGACACGUAUUGAAAUGGAACGGGUGAGGAGGGAGUUUCUUUGCAAAUCCUCACAAGCUCUUAAAAUGGAGAGCACUUUUGAUUCCACUAGUGAGAGGGAAUGCAGUGUAUGCUUCUUUGAUCUGCAUCUUUCUGCAACUGGGUGUCACAACUGUUCACCUGAUAAAUAUGCAUGCCUGAACCAUGCAAAACAAUUGUGUUCUUGUUCCUGGGGUGCUAAAUUUUUUCUUUUUCGUUAUGAAAUCUCUGAGUUAAACAUACUAGUUGAUGCUUUGGAAGGAAAACUAAGUGCUGUAUACCGAUGGGCAAGACUAGAUCUGGGGUUGUCUUUGAGUUCUUAUGUCACCAAAGAGAACCAAUCCCCUGGGCUUAUUGAUAGGCUAUCAUCCAGAUCUAUGGCUCCAAUAAUACCAAAGGAGGUAAAUCAGAGACCAACCACUGGCUCAUUAAAGGACAAGGGAGAUGAAAUGCAAAAAGGUCCCUUUUUGGAUUCACUUACAGUGCAUGACAUGCCAUCUUCAAUUGAACUAUCAGAAAAGAUAGUUUCUGAUAGAAAAAUUCCUAAUGGUGACCUUUCUCAAGUGGGUAACUGUAUAGAUAAACCUGGAGUAAAGAAGGCUUCCAUUUCUGAAGAUGAUAUCAUACAUCUCAGCAAUGAUGAUGACAUAGGCGAACUUAAGAUAAUUCCUGGGGUGAAGCAAUCUCCUGAAAAGUACAAUGUUGAUUUGGGAGGUACGAAGUUUGAUAAUGUUCAAUCUGAAAUACUUAAAAGUCCCACUCUAGUAAACCAGUGUUCAGACGUGCUUGUGCCUUCACAUGAAGAUGUUAAUAUGGGAAAUGCCAAUUGUAUUGAGGAAAAUGUAGAUGGUCAUUCCCAUUUUAAGCUUCCAGAUGGGAGUCACUCCAAUAAUGAUGAUGUGUUGAAAAAAAUAGAUGUAGAUGGAAACUCAAGAUCAAUGGAUGGCGCACAAUGUUUGUCAUCUCUUUCACAAAAUAAUUUGGACAAAUAUUUUCGACAAAAGGGUCCCCGCAUUGCAAAAGUUGUGAGGAGAAUCAAUUGCAAAGUUGAGGUACUGAAUUAUGGAGUUGUACAUAAUAGAAAGUUAUGGUGUGAUAGUCGGGCAAUAUACCCCAACGGAUUUAGGAGCCGUGUCAGGUACAUUGAUGUGUUAGAUCCAUCAAACACGUGCUACUAUGUUUCUGAGAUUCUGGAUGCAGGACGAGAUGGACCUUUAUUUAUGGUGUCAUUGGAGCAUUGCCAAAGUGAAGUGUUUAUCCAUAUAUCGGCUGUCAGAUGUUGGGAAAUGGUUAGGGAGAGGGUGAAUCAAGAGAUCAGUAAGCAGCAUAAGUUAGGAAGGGCAAAGCUUCCUCCUCUACAGCCUCCCGGAAGCCUCGAUGGCAUGGAAAUGUUUGGUUUUUCCUCACCAGCAAUUGUGCAGGCAAUUCAGGCUAUGGACCAAAGCAGAGUUUGCGUGGAGUAUUGGAAAUCGAGACCGCUUAUGCAGUUUCCCCAGUGUUCUUCAUCUGGAAGCAAAUUAAAUAACCCCAAACCAGAGGGUUCUGAUGAUCUGGAAGCUGGUAAAUACAAUACUAUACUCAACGGUUUGCUUAAGAAGGCUAACUCUGAAGAACUACAGGCACUGUAUAGUGUACUAAAUAGCUAUACCUCUGCUGAUGGUCAAACCUUAGUUGAUCGGUGUCUUGCCGAAGAGAUUCACAGGAGAGGAAAUUAAAUAUACUUUUUUCUUCUAACUAUGAGUUUGUAGCUUUGUAAAUGCUGUCCCCCCUAGGUCUGAUACAAAUCAUCAUUACUGACAUUUGUCUUUCUUUAUAGAUCUGUUCUUGGUUGGUCGAAAAUAGCCAGGUUUUAUUCAACCUUUUGGAUUUAUGUGUUGACAUUGUUUCAGAAAAGGCGGACAAUGUAUCUUUCAACGUUCUAUCUGUACAUUCCUUCAAUUUCAUAUCUCCACGGUUACACCC